AUGUAUAAAGAGCAGUUCAACGUAGUUUUUACUGUAUGCUUCGGAGAUAAGGUUUAUAAUUGUGUUUCGAGGAUGUGUCGCAUUUUUAUCCGUCCUCAGCAGACCACGGUAAGUCAAAAGGAAGGGUUAUGGUCUGUUUGUAUGGUGUUUGUCGCGCCUGAUAAAAGCUGUCCCUUACUUUCAUCCCUAAUAUGCGGCCGAAGCAGGUUUUGA